AUGGUCAUCAGCAUUAUCCAUAGUGCUAGAUUUGCUGCCAAACCAUUGCUAGGUCGCUCAAUUAUGUCUGCAUCUGCCUCUUUGCAACCAAAGUUUGACAAACUGUUCGGCAAGGUCGACGAAUUGAAGUCUCAAUUCAUCGACAUCCUCGGGAGCGCUGUUGAGAUUCCUGCUGUAUCUGGCGAUGAGUCCCUUAGACCAAUGGUGGUCAAAAAAGCUCACUUUUUGGUGGAGCAAUUGCAGAGACUAGGAUUCUCUGAUAUCCAGUUGAAGCAUUUGGGCACGCAGCCUCCUCCCGUGGAAGACCCUAAUCUACAGCUGCCGCCAGUGGUUCUGUCUCGCUACGGGAGCGAUCCGAAGAAGAAGACCUUGCUGGUUUACGGCCAUUACGAUGUGCAGCCUGCCAAGCUCAGUGACGGCUGGGAGACCGAGCCGUUCAAACUUCAUGUCGACGAGAAGAAGCAGUUGAUGAGAGCCAGAGGAGCGACUGACGACACAGGCCCUCUGCUUGCAUGGCUGAAUGUUGUACAAGCACACAGAGAAGCUGAAGUUGAGUUGCCUGUGAACCUAAUCACAUGCUUCGAAGGUAUGGAGGAGUCGGGAUCCCUUGGCUUGGAGGAACUGAUCGCCGAGGAGGCUGGUAAGUACUUUAAGGAUGUCGACGCUGUUUGUAUUUCCGAUAACUAUUGGUUGGGCACGAAGAAACCUGUCCUGACCUACGGUUUGAGAGGCGUCAACUACUACAAGACUACCGUGGAGGGGCCAGCGGCUGAUUUGCAUUCUGGUAUCUUCGGUGGAACUGUCGCUGAGCCACUGAUCGACUUGGUGCAGGUCUUGAGCUCUUUGGUCGACUCAAAGGGUAACAUUUUGAUCGAUGGUGUCGCUGAGAUGGUGGCGCCUCUCACUGAGAAGGAAGAGAAGCUUUACGAUAACAUUGACUUUAGCUUAGACGACUUGAACGAGGCUACCGGCUCUAAGACCAGUUUGUACCAGAAGCCAAAGGACAUCUUGAUGCACAGAUGGAGAUAUCCUUCUUUGUCCCUUCAUGGCGUUGAGGGGGCUUUUUCUGGUGCAGGAGCCAAAACUGUUAUUCCAGCCAAGGUCAAUGGGAAGUUCUCAAUCAGAACCGUGCCAGAUAUGGACUCCAAGAAGCUUGACAAGCUGGUCAUCGACCAUUGUGAUAAAGUGUUCAAGAAGUUGGGCUCGCCAAACAAGUGUACCACAGAACUGAUCCAUGAUGGUGCCUACUGGAUCACAGAUCCACACAGUCCAUCCUUCACGGCAGCCGCAAAGGCUACUAAGUUGGUUUAUGGAGUCGACCCUGACUUUACCAGAGAAGGUGGCUCUAUACCAAUCACUGUCUCUUUCCAGCAAUGCUUGAAUACCUCCGUCAUCCUGUUGCCAGUUGGAAGAGGAGACGACGGGGCUCACUCAACCAACGAAAAGCUUGAUAUCAGUAACUACAUGAAUGGUAUGAAGACCAUGGCCGCUUACCUGCACUAUUACGCUGAAUCCGGCUAA